GCCCCGGGCAGCGCCGAGCGGAGCGGGGCCGGCCGGCGAGCCCCGGCAGAGCAUGGCCCCGCCGCCCGCCGCCGGCGUGCCGGGCCCGCUGGCCGUGCUGGACCCCGCAGGACAGUUUGCAAAAAGGAAGAAGACUUCCCUUUGGUUCACAGUUGCACUGCUGGUGGUGUCUGUUUUCAUACUCACCAUAGGUCUGGCAGCUACCACACGAACAGAAAAUGUUACUGUGGGAGGCUACUACCCAGGCAUUGUUCUUGGCUUUGGAUCUUUCCUAGGGAUUGUUGGCAUCUACCUGGUAGAAAACAGAAGACAAAUAGAAUCAGCUUUGAGACCCCUUUUUGGAAGAGAUUUGGAAUGUGAUCUAUCCAUGCUGGUGGCCUCCAUCGUGUUUAUCAGCUUUGGUGUUGUGGCAGCCUUCUGUUGUGCAAUAGUUGACGGAGUGUUCGCAGCACGGCACAUAGAACCCAGACCUCUGUAUAACAAAAGAUGCCAGUUUUAUUCAAGUGGAAUAGGAUUCCUGUAUGAUGCCUACCAGACUGAGGUUACAUGUCAUACCUUAAACAGCAAGUGCCAGCUGAAAGUGAAGAGUAACACGUGCUAUUGCUGUGAUCUCUACAACUGUGAGAAUUCAGACCAGUCCUCCAGCUACUAUGAAUUUCUUGGUGUGAGCAGCUGUCAGGAUGUGCUCCACCUGUACAGACUGUUGUGGUCCUCCACAGUCCUCAACAUCAUUGGUUUGUUCCUGGGGAUUAUCACAGCAGCCAUUCUCGGGGCAUUUAAAGACAUGGUUCCUCUGUCCCAAAUUGCCUUCAGUGCUGCACCUCCUCCUCAGAUCCUGUACAAUCCUGCCCAGCAGAUCCUGACCUAUGCUGGGUUCUGUCCUUCUGCAGCAACAAUUUCUACCUAUCCGUCCUACCCGCUGCCUCUUCAGCCUGCCAGCAAUUUUCCAGGAACAUCAUCUACUGACAUUUCUUUAUCAGAAGAAACUCAGCCUCCAUCCCAGUCCAGCUCCAGCUAUGGUCUUCCCCCAAAUGCUCCAGCCCUCUACACACCAACUUACUGCUUACCUGGAGAGAAGCCUCCACCAUAUGCACCAUAGAACAAAGAAAUUAUUUUAGUAGCUGGUAGGCUUUUAUUUUGUUUUAAAGAAACCUCUGGAAACUGUGCAGUGCAGGCACUAGACUUCCCAAAGGAGCCCAGCACAGAGUGUUACUGCCACUCUGCUCUUACCCACAUCUCCCUGUGAGCAGGGCAGAGCCCUGGAGCUGUGAGGGCAGGCACGCCACCGCUCAGUGUGCCUGCAGGCAGAUGUAGCAGAAAUUCCUGGCUACUGUAAGCAUGAGAUGUUUCCCACCCAGUCCACUGCAGAAUAGAUUUUCUUCAAGAGGAAAAAUUAAGAAACCACUCCAGAUAUGUGUUCUGCUCUCAUGAACCAGUAUUGAGGGGUUUUAGCCUGUGUUGUCUGAGUGGGUAGCUGGGAGCUCCCAGAGUCAAUAAUUUUGAGUAGCAAGAGUUUGUUUGCUUGUAGUUUAAUAACUCUUCUGGUGAACGUGUUGUACCAAUAAAGUGUGGCAAUUAUUUUA